AAUGAAUCUAGUGAUCAGAGACUCCGAGAGUUCGAUACUCCAGCCGCCACAUGUUGUUAGGCCCACUCCGCACUGUCAUCUCUGAGACGUGUUAUACACUUUAUACAGAUAAAUAUCAACUAACUCGAUCCAAUUAGAUAUGGGAUGUGGCGAGUCAGUCGGGCAAGCGAUACCAGUACUGCCAUUUCUACUGUGCUUUGCGCUCCAGUAGAGUCGAUCUGAAUAUCUUUAUUCAUAGCACUGCCGGUCCUUUAUACUUGUGUACUCUGUGAGUUACGUUGCUUUCCAAGUUGUACGGCACACUGUUGGACCAGGCAUGGAUAACGUUCACAGACCCACAUGACGAGCUCUUCCUCUGCUCCUUCCGCAGCACCUAGCACUAUGCGAGAUGGAUAGAAUCACAUAGUGUUAAAAACAUAUGACCUUGAUGAUGGUGCUAUGACGUCAUAGCGGAGAUGAGGGUGCCAACGUCACAAGAGGAGGUUUGGGUUACCCCCGCCCGCCACAUUGGACCCCCCUUCGUGUGAUUCCCGACCCACAGGAUUAUACCAGAUAGCUUACCAAUUGUUUUGUGUUGUUUCCGAGGAUAUAUUCAACUCCGUGUGGGAAUGGUGAUAGUGAUUACGAUGUAAUUACAGAUCAGUUUGGAUUUUAUACAUUGACCAUGGUGGUUCUGCCUGUCAGUGACACAUUUUUGGCGUCAACCGCGCUCGGACUAGUCCUCAUGAUUCUAAGUGCCCUUCCCAGUGAAGCCGUGCGAUACAUGCGGCCAAUGUUCAACGAUAUGGAGUCUAAUGUGACAGCGUAUGUUGGUGACUCGGCCGUGCUCGAGUGCUCCGUCAGGAACCUAGGAACCAAAUCUGUAAUAUGGAAGAGGAAGUCAGAGAAGCAUGCUUUGACGAUAGGUGAUUUUGUAUUUACGAGUGACAACUCUUACUCCGUUGAGCAUGCAGACCGCAGCCAGAUCUGGGCGUUGGUCAUCAAGAACGUACAGAAGGAACACGCGGGAGAGUAUGAGUGCCAAAUUAGUACCAAGGAGGACUUAAACAAAACUGUAUCAUUAACAGUGUUAGCUGCAUCAAGACAAACACCAGUUGGUACAAAAAUAGUGCAAGUGAAGAACAACCGGAAGUUAGCAGUACAGCUGGGUGGAGGCGGUUUCGUGGAGAAGGGAAACCCCAUUACAUUAUCGUGUAACGCCACAGGAAAAUUGAUGACUCCGGACGAUAUUGACUGGUUUAAGGACGGUAUCAAAAUCAAAAGCAGUGCAAGGAAUACAAUUCACAUUACAAAACAUCGCAUGCCUGAAACACGGACGUUAGUUAGUAAACUACGUAUAAAACACAGCAAUAUGAGUGACGCGGGAACCUAUAUUUGUCGGAGUACGGACCUUAAAGUGAAAGGCAUCUAUGUGAGCGUGUUAAGCUCGGAAACAAAUCCGAUGAAACGCGGAACAGAGGACAAAACGUCGGAUAUCAGCGGACAGUGUAGGUUACACAAUCUACCAAUUCACGUACUGUUGGCCUUCUUCUCGUUGGUAUAUUUACUGGCCAGCGUCCACUAGGGGGUCAUCCCACGCGGGUGCCUGUGCAUAGAGACACGUGCUAUAUAGAAGCGGUGCCGCCAUCAGACGUUAUGUCUAUGCGGCUUGGGCUGGCCGAGGAUCGUUUAGAGAAUAUGCAUCUGUGAAUGAGGCUUAAUUACUGGGCGCGUGUGCAUUAGAGUGUGGUUCAUAGUGUUAAGAAGGACAGGUGGAUUCUUUUAGUGACCACUCAGCAUAGUUACGUCUGGAAUCUGGUUAAAUGGAGUUGAUGAGCUCCUCCGUAAUUAUACAUUCAGUCUGGUCGUUGUUAACCCAUUCAGCAGAUGACGUCAGGAAACGUUAGGCAGCAGUCGCUGUAGUGACGAAUCGUCUGCGGCAUUCUUUUCUCUAUAACUUCCGGCCAGUUAUUUCCGGUCCGGAUAGUAACGGAAGUCUAACUGUCGUAUUGACCCGAUCAGCGCAGACCGAUCAAUGAUCGAAGAGACUGCGCAUGUGCGUUUCAAACAAGAAAUGACAUGCUAACACGGAACGCCAAUCGUUUCCAGGAUCAUGACCGGUCGUGAUAGAGUCCAGGUUCGACGAGACAUGGAAAUUCAGAUUGUUUAACGGCCAGUGAUCAGGACAUAACAGACGUUCAUCAAAACUGAUAAAGUCCGCAUGGCUACAACAUUGGCACUGUAGUCACCAUUUCGUAUCAUUCAUAUUUAUUAUUUAUAUGUAUCAGGGAGUUGAUAUUGAGUAAGGGUCACCUGUUACACGUGCCAGGGGUCCCUGCAGGACCCUGAUAUGGCCCUUGGUUCACGUAAGUCAAGUUUACAUCUGUACACUGCCGAGUUCUCCUUACGCCUACACAUCCUACUAACGUGUUUCCACACUUCCUUUUUCUUCAAUUUCUUACAAUUUUAUCAUUACCGUUUUUUAUAAGUACACCAGUCACUCCUGUUUGACUGUUGUUUAUUCAAGCAGUCACGUCAUAUCUAUCUCAAGGGGAUCCCAGACUCUCUGUUUAGGGAAUUGAAAAGAAAAUGGAAUAAACAUUGUUGAAAUUAAACGCCGACAUUACCAUUAAGUCCCUCCAUGUCAAUACGAGUGUAUGUCUGUGUACUGAAGGCCAGUCUAGGACGAGAACAAGUCGUAGCUCACACAACCCUGCAAUUCACAACAUACUGGAAAUUAUUCCUGUAUAAUUUACUACUCAAACUGAAUUUAGAUUUUUUUUUUAUAUUAAAUUUGUAAUAAAUCAUAUUAUAAAUUAAAAAAAUCGUCCAUUUUAUCGUAAAAGUUUCUCCGUCAUUAGAACUGAUAUUUUUGUAUCCUCAGCGUUCUUCGAGAACAAGUAGAACAAGUAAUUGACCUCUUCUUUAUCAUUUGUGACGUCACAAGGAAAUCAAGAAAAGACACUAUUCUGAAGCACGAUUUAUGCCCUCAAAUGCAACUUUAAUUUCCUUUAAGCUUGAUAAACAAGAUGUGUUUUAUAUGCGCUUUAGUGCAGAUCCAGACAUGCUUUAUAAUUUGUUUUCUGCCUUCAUUUCACACGAUACAAGUACAGCUACUGACAAAGACACCAUGAGCUACCUUGCGUUACGUUACAAAACACAAGAGGUUUUCUUUAUGAAAAAUAUAAAUGGACGUUGUUUGUGACGUCGUAAACAUUUUAAUUAUUAGAUUAAGUCAGAGAGACAUUAUUGCAUUCUUAUUGGACUUUUCCAAUACGAAAUGUUAGGAUGGGCGCCCUCUGUGAUCUUCUUUGAUAUACAAUAUCAUGAAAAGUGCUAUUCUUAAGAUAAGGCCAGGCUUCUCCGCAAUGUAUGUUUAGAUUGCACUUUUAUCACAGAAAGAUGUAUUUGCAGCAGUUUAUGGCAGACAAUUUCGAAAUAUGGUACAUAUUAUAGAACCCGAUAUUCCCAGGUUAUUUUAAAAACCAUAAUGAAAUGAUUUCGAAAGGCCCGUCAGCUGUGAUGGGUAUACACUCUCCAGGCGUCUAUAACUUUUGCAAAAAAAUAUGAUGAAACUCUUGAAAUGAAUCUCCCGCUGUAUUCAUUACCAACCCCGUUUUAUACCAUACAGACAACAGGUACUGAAAUCCAAAUAAGAACAUCAAUGACGUCACUCAUUGUAAGUAGUAGUUAACUAAUCUAUCAAUCUUUUCAACUGAUUUAACACGGAUUUCAUUGUAUUCAAUAUAAAAAGAUAUGAGCCGCAAACGUCCUCCAGAUACAACUGGUGUAGAUCGUCAGCUAGCAGGUUUUUAUAUAGCUAUAGAGGUUUCAUGUACAGGUGAUAUUUCUUUAAAUAUAUAAAUACAUAAUCUUACGUUUUUCCUGCAUUUUGUAGUAAUAACGAUAAACAGGUGAGAAAUAGAUAAUGGAUGUUGAUAUUUAAUAGCUUCAGUAAAAGUAUGAGGUGAACGCUGAAUUGCCCAUUGUAGUUACCUCCGAACGGUUUCACUUGCAGGUUUUCCCUAGAUACGAUUCGUCUAGACGUAUGUCAUACGGUACGGUAAACUAGUGCUUGAACGAGUAAUGCAAUGAAAUGAGGCGACAAUGGCAUUCUACGGUGUAAUUGGAUUGAAAUGUCUGCACUGUGAUUCAAAGAUCGUAUGCUAAUAUAUAAAAACCGAUUAACGCUCUGUGAAAGUGUAAAAAGUUCGCCUUAUCACAAUGAGAUUUUACUAUUGCACGUAACGUUAUGUUUUAUUCGCUGAACGUGAUUAUUUUUGCCAAAGGGGGUCUGUACAACAGUGAGGUUGUUCGGAUGUAACUUGUGAUUUGGUGUUUAGCAUAAUUUGUGAAGAUUAUCCAUUUUAUUUGCGAUAAUAUUAUAUUUAUUACAUUUUUCACAAUUACAAAUGCAGCGGUCACAUGUCUUGAAGAUAAUCAAUAAUAAAUAAAGGAUGACAAUAUUAAACAAUGCUCAUUUUUAGUACAAGAAACAACACCAUACUAUUGUAAUCUGUUUGACAGUUUAUUUAGGUAAACCGUCUUCACAAACUCGAAUGUGUCUCCAACCAGGACGGGCUAAUCCCUGGUUGUCUCAUGUUGUUGGCCGAACGUUUGACAUCGCCUUUGUUACAUGUUUAAUCAGUUGAUAGUCAGCACUCGUCUUUCAUCAUUAUCUCGAUCAAUAUUGUACCAGGUAGCAUAAAUAAGAGUGUGUAGCUUCCGGUGGCCGCAAAGCAUGACGGGGACCGGAACUGCAAUUUAUAAGUGAAAUGCGUGUAAAGUAAUGCUAUGUCGUUAUAAUAUAAUGUUGAUGUAAAUACAAUGUGUUCCUUUCAUUCCAUUUGAUGCAGUUUGCCAUCUGUACAUAUCGCCAUUGUACACGAUACAUUACACGUGUAAAUCACUACUUCAAGACAAACCUGUCUCUUUUUUGAGGAAUACUCUUACAGUCUACCGCCACAAGGUAUCGGCUUAGCUCGUCCGUCCGUUCAUUCGAAUGUCUGACAAACUAAAAAAAACAUACGUGACGUCCCGUUCGAAAGAAACGCAUUUAGUUAUAUCAGGAACCGAAACAUGUAUAAUAUCAAACAUGUAAGGAGCUGGUACAGAUGUGUUGUAAGACAAUAUCUAUGGCUGAAGGCCUAAACAUGGAAACUAAAUCUUACUCCUGUGGACUGUGUUUUUAAUCAUGAUUUUUAUCACAAACGAAACAUAUUCAAUAAGAAUUCAUAUUGCCCUCAAUUAUAUAUCUAUUAACGAAAUUUCAACGCAUGGAAAACUGAAUAUCCAUAAGUAUACGGAUACGAUUACCUCUGAGUGUUACUAGACAUACAUGUAGUAUUGUACAGUAGUGACAAUAACAGGGGUUGCUUUAUUUCAAAAUAAGUGUGUAAUCCGGCCCUAAGAAAUUGAUUUAUUUGAAUAAAAAUAUUGCAUUAAAUAAAAUCUAUUGAACAAUAAAAGUUCGGUAUUGUGUUGCCAAGACGUUAAACCAACCAUGUAAAUCAUUUUUCGUUGAUGCCAAAAGUAUAUUUAUGAAAUGCACCGAAACAAAGUAAUAUCGAAGUGAUAUAAAGGCUUUUCCGUUCAUUAAUAUUCAUGAUGAAUAAUUCAACGACUCUUUUGCCCCAGAGUCAAUUAAAACCUCAACGCGAUGAAAAAAAACUUUUUAUUUCCUUACGAUCGAUAUUAACGAAUACUUGAUUUGAUAAGUUUAUAAACUACAGUUCUCUUUGUAAAUAGCUGUAAAUUGACGUGGUACAUUAUAUUUUGAUAUAUUUUAAAAGACUUUUUUAUAAAAUAAAUAUGUCUAGAGCAGUGUUACAAAACUAUUUCGGGUGAUCAAUGUUAUAAAAGUGGUAAUCAUUAUUAUAAAACUUCCCUUCAAUGUGUUAUGAAAUAAUUCCUGGUUUAGUGUUAUAAAGAUAUACCUACAUAUUAUACAUCUAUGUAGUGCGGUAGAGAUGCCACCGUUAAACAAAUAUUCCUUGUGCGGUAUUGGGUAGAUAUCGUUGUUAUAAAAUGAAAUAAUGCCAUGUGUCGCGUUGGAUAAACCUGAAAAUAAGAUUUCACAAUUGUCCUAGCAACACGAUGAGUUACUCUCUACUCUCGUAUACAUUUUUAUGUACCGACUCAGAAUUUGGCAGUAUUAUUUUUAUUAAACCAGAACAUCGGUUAAACACUUAUAAAUGUGUAGUGCACGUCAUUAUUUAAACAUACUUCAAUCAAUCACGUCAAUUCUUUUUUUAAAGUGAUAUUCUUUCUCCAUCAUUCAAGUUUUAUCAUUUUGACAUAUAGCAAGUCAUCCUGUUGUUCCUUGCGGGAUUGUCAUACCGUGAUUUUAACUCUCCCUCGUUCUAAAUCUACAAUCUUUACUUCUCUCUAGUUUGUUCUAAUGUGGUAGUCUUAUAAAGCAUACCCGAAUGUUCAGUGUUAUACAAAACACGAGUCCAUGUACAUUAUAAGGUACUUGUUCAAGAAGCGUGUUAAAUUGAAAUGUAGGCCCAUAUUCAUGACACUGCUCUUGUACUCAAGCAUUGAUUCUGUGCUCUAACCUUCUUUUUCGUCGCUGGCUUAAAAUCAUGUUACAAGAUCAAAAGGUCAAGUUUAAACAUCGAAAAUAGUUUUGAUUUCAGCCUCAAGAUUCUUCUUAAUUCUUCGAGAUAAUUGACAAAAUGUAACUUUUCCUAAAUCUAUCAAUGGAAUAAGAAAUUGCUCUUGAGCACAAAAUCUGACUUUGAGCAUGAGGACGGUUUCAAUAAUACGGGUACUUGGUUAGGGUUACAAUACGGUAUGACAAUUGUUGCUCGGUUCACGACGCUCGAUAAGGUAUGUAUAUAAUAAUGAAUGGUUGGUCUUGUAUAUAUUAGAAAAAGAUACUAUGGAAAAGACGAGUCUAAAAUGUACUGUAAUAAUUUAUUGUUGAAUAUUUGAAUAAAUUGCAUUCGUUAAAGAUGCAUAUCUGAAUAAAAUGUUCAG